AUGCAGCCGCGCAGCGAGCGCCCGGCUGGCAGGACGCAGAGCCCGGAGCACGGCAGCCCGGGGCCCGGGCCCGCGGCCCCACCGGGUCCUUACCCCAGGCCUCCCUGACUGGCCACCCCCCACAGCCCUGAGGCCGAGCGAGCACGUCCCCGGCAGCCCUGGCCUGCAGCCCCCAUGGAGGGGGCAAUGCAGCUGCUGAGCCGGGAGGGCCACAGCGUGGCCCACAACUCCAAGCGGCAUUAUCACGACGCAUUUGUGGCCAUGAGCCGCAUGAGGCAGCGUGGCCUCCUGUGUGACAUCGUCCUCCACGUGGCCACCAAGGAGAUCCGAGCACACAAGGUUGUGCUGGCCUCCUGCAGCCCCUACUUCCAUGCCAUGUUCACGAAUGAGAUGAGUGAGAGCCGCCAGACGCAUGUGACACUACACGACAUUGACCCACAGGCCCUGGACCAGCUGGUGCAGUUUGCGUACACAGCUGAAAUCGUGGUGGGCGAGGGCAAUGUGCAGACUCUGCUCCCAGCCGCCAGCCUCCUGCAGCUGAACGGCGUCCGAGACGCGUGCUGCAAGUUCCUGCUGAGUCAACUUGACCCGUCCAACUGCCUGGGCAUCCGAGGCUUCGCCGACACACACUCCUGCAGUGACUUACUCAAGGCUGCCCACAGGUACGUGCUGCAGCACUUCGUGGACGUGGCCAAGACCGAGGAGUUCAUGCUGCUGCCACUGAAGCAGGUGCUGGAGUUGGUCUCCAGUGACAGCCUGAACGUACCCUCCGAGGAGGAUGUCUACCGCGCCGUCCUGAGCUGGGUCAAGCACGACGUGGACGCACGGAGGCAGCACGUCCCGCGGCUGAUGAAGUGCGUGCGGCUGCCUUUGCUGAGCCGUGACUUCCUGCUGGGCCAUGUGGAUGCUGAGGGCCUGGUGCGGCAUCACCCCGACUGCAAAGACCUGCUCAUUGAGGCCCUCAAGUUCCACUUGCUGCCCGAGCAGAGGGGUGUCCUGGGAACCAGCCGCACACGGCCGCGCCGCUGUGAGGGCGCUGGCCCGGUGCUCUUCGCUGUGGGUGGUGGGAGCCUGUUCGCCAUCCAUGGGGACUGCGAGGCCUAUGACACACGCACUGACCGCUGGCAUGUGGUAGCUUCCAUGUCCACACGCCGGGCCCGGGUGGGUGUGGCAGCCAUCAGCAACCGGCUAUAUGCUGUGGGCGGCUACGACGGGACCUCGGACCUGGCCACCGUGGAAUCGUAUGACCCCGUCACCAACACGUGGCAGCCUGAGGUGUCCAUGGGGACGAGACGCAGCUGCCUGGGUGUGGCCCCCCUCCAUGGGUUGCUCUACGCAACCGGUGGCUACGACGGGGCCUCCUGCCUCAACAGUGCUGAGCGUUAUGACCCCCUGACGGGAGCAUGGACAUCGAUCGCCGCCAUGAGCACCCGGAGACGCUAUGUGCGCGUGGCCACACUUGAUGGGAGCCUAUACGCUGUGGGCGGCUACGACAGCUCAUCACACCUGGCCACUGUGGAGAAAUACGAACCCCAGGUGAACGCGUGGACACCUGUGGCCUCCAUGCUGAGCCGGCGCAGCUCGGCAGGCGUGGCUGUGCUGGAGGGUGCGCUCUACGUGGCCGGUGGCAACGAUGGCACGAGCUGCCUCAACUCAGUGGAGCGGUUCAGCCCUAAGGCCAGCGCCUGGGAGAGUGUGGCGCCCAUGAACAUCCGCAGGAGCACACAUGACCUGGUGGCCAUGGACGGCUGGCUGUAUGCUGUGGGGGGCAAUGAUGGCAGCUCUAGCCUCAACUCCAUUGAGAAGUACAACCCCCGGACCAACAAGUGGGUGGCCGCGUCCUGCAUGUUCACGCGGCGCAGCAGUGUGGGUGUGGCUGUGCUUGAGCUGCUCAACUUCCCGCCACCCUCCUCGCCCACGCUGUCAGUGUCCUCCACCAGCCUCUGA